UGCUUCCUGGUUGUGGGUCGGUCCCGAGGGCCGGUUCGGGCGCCGAGAUGUUGCCCUACACCGUGAACUUCAAGGUGUCGGCGCGCACCCUCACCGGGGCACUCAACGCGCACAACAAGGCGGCGGUGGACUGGGGCUGGCAAGGUUUAAUUGCUUAUGGAUGUCAUUCGCUUGUGGUAGUGAUUGAUUCCAGUACUGCCCAAACUCUUCAAGUUUUAGAAAAACAUAAAGCUGAUGUUGUCAAGGUUAAAUGGGCCAGGGAAAAUUACCACCAUAACAUUGGCUCACCAUAUUCCUUGCGCUUAGCUUCCGCCGAUGCCCACGGAAAGAUCAUGGUCUGGGAUGUAGCAGCAGGAGUAGCUCAGUGCGAGAUCCAGGAGCAUGCCAGGCCUGUGCAGGAUGUGCAGUGGUUGUGGAAUCAAGAUGCAUCACGAGACCUGCUGCUCGCAGUCCACCCACCAAAUUAUAUUGUGCUCUGGAAUGCAGAUACUGGCACCAAACUGUGGAAGAAGAGCUAUGCAGAUAACAUUCUUUCUUUUUCUUUUGACCCGUUUGAUCCCUCACAUUUAACCUUACUCACCAGCGAGGGCAUUGUGUUCAUCUCAGACUUCUCUCCCUCUAAGCCGCCCUCAGGCCCUGGGAAAAAAGUUUACAUCUCCAGCCCACACUCCAGCCCCUCCCACAGCAAGCUGGCUGCGGCCACCGGUGCCAAGAAGGCUCUGAAUAAAGUGAAAAUCUUACUCACUCAAGAGAAGCCGAGCGCGGAGUCUGUCACGCUCAAUGAUUGCCUCCAGCUGGCUUAUCUGCCUUCCAAAAGGAGCCACAUGCUGUUGCUCUACCCGCGGGAGAUUUUAAUCCUUGACCUCGAGGUGAAUCAAACAGUGGGUGUGAUUGCCAUAGAACGGACAGGAAUUCCAUUUCUGCAGGUAAUACCCUGCUUUCAGCGUGACGGUUUGUUUUGCCUACAUGAGAAUGGUUGCAUCACCUUACGUGUUCGGAGAUCUUAUAAUAGUAUUUUCACCACUUCAGUUGAGGAUCCAGACCCAGAUCCUGUCCAGGAGCUGACCUAUGAUUUACGGAGCCAGUGUGACGCCAUCCGGGUGACCAAAACCAUCCGUCCCUUCAGCAUGGUGUGUUGUCCGGUCAACGAGAACGCGGCUGCCCUCGUGGUGAGCGACGGCAGAGUCAUGAUAUGGGAACUGAAGUCUGCUGCUUGUCACCGAAGCUCGCGGAGCAGUAGCUCUGGGGUGUCGCCUUUGUACUCGCCGGUGUCUUUCUGUGGGAUUCCUGUCGGGGCGCUGCAGAAUAAACUCCCAGACCUCUCCUUAGAUAACAUGAUCGGGCAAAGUGCAAUUGCUGGGGAAGAACUUCCCAAAGGCUCCACCCUGCAGGAAGUGCACCUCAAGUUCUUGCUAACAGGGCUGCUUUCGGGGCUGCCCUCGCCACAGUUUGCUAUCCGCAUGUGCCCACCAUUGACCACGAAAAACAUCAAGAUGUAUCAGCCCCUGCUUGCUGUUGGCACCGGCAACGGCUCUGUCUUGGUGUACCACCUCACCAGUGGGCUGCUGCACAAGGAGCUCAGCGUCCACUCGUGCGAAGUCAGAGGUAUUGAAUGGACAAGCCUGACUGGUUUUCUUUCUUUCGCUACCUCAACACCGAACAACAUGGGAUUAGUGAGGAAUGAACUUCAGCUGGUUGACCUUCCGACAGGUAGGAGUAUUGCCUUUCGUGGAGAACGAGGCAAUGAUGAAUCGCCCAUCGAAGUGAUCAAAGUAUCUCACUUGAAGCAGUAUUUGGCAGUUGUAUUCAAAGAUAAACCCCUGGAGUUAUGGGAUAUUCGGACUUGUACUAUUCUUCGAGAAAUGUCGAAAAACUUCCCUGCAAUAACUGCUUUGGAGUGGUCACCAUCUCACAACCUGAAGAGCCUGAGGAAGAAGCAGCUGGCCACGCGAGAGGCCAUGGCACGCCAGACCGUGGUCUCAGACACCGAGCUGAGCGUGGUGGAGUCCUCUGUGAUCAGCUUGUUGCAGGAGGCAGAAAGUAAAUCUGAGCUCAGUCAGAACAUCUCUGCACGGGAGCAUUUUGUGUUCACCGAUAACGACGGCCAAGUGUACCACCUCACUGUGGAGGGCAACUCCGUGAAGGACAGCGCGCGCAUCCCCCCUGACGGCAGCAUGGGCAGCAUCACCUGCAUCGCGUGGAAGGGCGACACACUCGUCCUUGGGGACGUGGAUGGAAACUUAAAUUUUUGGGAUUUGAAAGGCAGAGUGUCCAGAGGGAUACCGACUCAUCGGAGUUGGGUGCGGAAGAUUCGUUUUGCCCCAGGAAAAGGAAACCAGAAGUUAAUAGCAAUGUACAGUGAUGGCGCUGAAGUGUGGGACUCUAAAGAGGUUCAGAUGGUGAGCAGUUUAAGAAGUGGGAGAAACGUGACCUUCCGCAUCCUGGACGUGGACUGGUGCACGUCAGAUAAGGUGAUCCUGGCCGCAGACGACGGGUGUGUCCGGGUCCUCGAUAUGUCCAUGAAGUCUGCGUGCUUCAGGAUGGAUGAGCAGGAGCUGCCCGAGCCCGUGUGGUGCCCAUAUCUCCUUGUCCCUCGGGCCUCCCUCGCCUUGAAAGCUUUCUUGCUACACCAGCCCUGGGACGGCCAGUACUCCUUGGACAUCUCUCACGUUGAUUACCCAGAAAAUGAAGAAAUAAAGAAUCUCCUUCAAGAGCAGUUGAAUUCACUGUCCAAUGAUGUAAGGAAACUGUUGCUCGAUCCAGAAUUCACACUGUUGCAGAGAUGCCUGCUUGUUUCAAGACUCUACGGCGAUGAGUCCGAGCUCCACUUCUGGACGGUCGCAGCCCACUACCUGCACAGCCUGGCCCCAGAGAGGCCGGCCGGCGCGGCGGCCGCUGCAGGGGCCCCUCCGGACGGGGCGAACGCCGGCCUGGACAUGUGCUACGAUAUACUCUGCGGCAACGCCCACUUCCAGAAAUUUCAGUUGGAAAGGGUUAAUCUACAGGAAGUAAAAAGGUCAACUUACGAUCACACAAGGAAAUGUACAGACCAGCUGCUGCUUUUGGGUCAAACAGACAGGGCCGUGCAGCUGCUGCUGGAGACAAGUGCAGACAACCAGCAUUAUUACUGCGAUUCCCUGAAAGCCUGCUUGGUCACGACAGUCACCUCGUCAGGCCCCUCCCAGAGCACCAUUAAGCUGGUGGCAACCAACAUGAUCGCCAGCGGCAAGCUGGCAGAGGGCGUGCAGCUGCUCUGCCUCAUAGACAAAGCCGCGGACGCCUGCCGCUACCUGCAGACGUACGGCGAGUGGAACCGGGCGGCGUGGCUGGCCAAAGUCCGUUUAAACUCCGAGGAGUGUGCUGACGUUUUGAAGCGGUGGGUUGACCACCUUUGCUCUCCACAAGUCAACCAGAAGUCAAAGGCCCUCCUGGUCCUCCUCUCCCUGGGCUGCUUCUCCAGCGUGGCCGAGAUGCUUCACAGCAUGAGGUACUUCGAUCGAGCCGCCCUGUUUGUGGAAGCUUGUCUCAAGUACGGCGCAAUCGAAGCCAGCGAGGACAUGGAGAAACUCAUCUCGGCUAUAUAUGCAGAUUAUGCCCGGAGCUUGAGGAACCUCGGGUUUAAACAGGGCGCUGUUCUUUUUGCUUCAAAAGCUGGAGCAGCUGGCAGAGACUUACUGAAUGAACUGGAAUCCCCCAAGCCAGAGGAGGAGUGACGCGGCACGUGCGCCAGGGCCUCAGCUCGCCAGCAGGAGCCCUGCAGGUGGUCUGGCCGGCGAAGACCGCAGUCCUGACUGCCUCAGGGGCCUCGUGGUGAGCAGCCUCCCCGGGGGCACAAGCAUCGGCGAUGCGGAGAGCGAGCUCUGGGUCCUGUGUGUAGUACAGAGAAAAACGUGAGCACUUCAGAGCUUGAAAAUGCCCAAUACUUAAUACCUUUGGAAGACAGCUUUAAGAGAUUCUGACAGUACUUUUAAUUAUUUUUUAAACUUAAAAUUCAAGAAACUGAAUUGCAUUUUUUAUUGACUACAUUUAAAGAUGUUUGGGGACCAGUUCUCAACUCUGUGCUGUACCUGUAUUAUAUACAGUUAUUCAGGAGACAGGCAAGCAGAGGUAAUGGAGACAACCAGGAUGACUUAACCAAAGCCUCUUCUACUGCAGAGAAGGAAUUGUUGACUCACGAGUUUAAGCAGAUGCUAAAUCUUGCAAUUUCGGGCUCAUAGAUUCAUAAGGAAAUUAAGUUUUGUGCCAGUGUGUGGGGUCUUUUGAUAUUUUGACCUCUGAUACAUGUCGUGACCUCCUUUUGGAAGUCCUCUUUGUGCUUUGCUUUGUCUCUGUGUUCUUCCAAUAAUGGAAACAUGAGAUGUGACUAUUAUAAAUUAUUGUCAAGAAUAUAAAUGUCUGUAACUUACAAAAGUAUGAAUAAAAAGGAAAUCCCAGUCAGGUAUCUACAUA